GCAUCGCCAGCUUAGCGCCUAUAGCUUACCCAGAUGAUGGGUAGCCUCCAAGCAGCCUUUCUGCCUGCGUGGAACCACCAUCGACGCCGGCGGCAACCACCCAUCAAGUGUGAAACUUGCGUCGCUCUGACAAAACAAGGCCGCAGCUUUCUCUCCUCUCUGGCAAUCAGUUCCGGCGACUCUGCAACUGCUAACCGCUUGAUCAAGAAAUUCGUCGCAUCAUCACCCAAAUCCGUUGCUCUCGAUGCGCUCUCUCAUCUUCUCUCCCCUCGAAAUUCACACUCUCAUCUCUCCUCCCUCGCACUCCCCUUGUACAUGAAGAUUACUGAAGCAACAUGGUUCAAUUGGAAUUCCAAGCUAGCUGCCGAUCUCAUUGCGUUGCUCGAUACACUAGGGCGAUGCAAGGAAUCUGAAACCCUAAUUUCUGAUGCCGUUUCAAAAUUGAAGCUCCGGGAGAGAGAUCUUGCUCAAUUCUACUGCAAUUUGGUUGAGGCUCAGUCUAAACAUAAUUCAAAACAAGGGUUUGAUGAUUCCCAUGCUCGUCUAUGUGAGCUUGUUCGUAAUUCUUCUUCUGCUUAUGUAAAGAGGCAGGGGUACAAAGCAAUGGUUAGUAGUUUGUGUGAAAUGGGUGAGCUUGGUGAAGCGGAGUCUGUGAUGGAGGAGAUGAGAAUGAAAGGGUUGAAGCCAUCGUUGUUUGAGUUUAGGUCUAUGGUAUAUGGGUAUGGAAGAUUGGGACUUUUUGAGGAUAUGGAGAGGAUGGUCUUGGAAAUGGAGAGGGAAGGUCUGGAAGUCGAUACGGUUUGUUCAAAUAUGGUUCUUUCAUCAUAUGGAGCUCACAAUGCACUUUGCCAAAUGGUUCCAUGGCUGCAAAGGAUGAAGAAUUUGGGGAUCCCUUUCUCAAUAAGGACGUUUAAUUCAGUUUUGAAUUCUUGCCCUAUGAUUAUGUCGAUGCUGCGAGACAGGGAUGCUUUUCCUCUUUCAAUUGUGGAGUUGAAUGAGAUUUUAAAGGGGGAAGAGGCAUUGCUAGUGAAUGAGUUGGCUGGAUCUACUGUCUUUGACAAGGCAAUGGAGUGGGAUGCAUUGGAGGCGAAACUCGAUUUGCAUGGAAUGCACUUGGCUUCUGCCUACUUGAUAAUGUUGCAAUGGAUUGAGGAGAUGAAAUGCAAGUUCAAAGAUGAAGAACAUGUGGUUCCAGCACAGAUGACAAUUAUUUGUGGAUCAGGGAAGCAUAGCCAAGACAGGGGGGAGUCACCAGUGAAACAUCUUGUGAAAGAAAUGAUGUUUCGGAUGAAAAGUCCAAUGAAAAUUGAUAGGAAGAACAAUGGUUGUUUAGUAGCCAAGGGGAGAGUUCUGAAGAAUUGGGUAUGUUUGUUGAGGGAACAGAAUGCUUCAUUUGAUAAUGUUUACGGAGAACAAAGUUGAUAUGAAAAUAAUGAGUGUAAUUGAAUGUAGAAAAAUAAAAUUCUCGAUCAGCAAAAACCUUCUAGUUGAUAUGGAAAAAAAAAAAAUGCUGUCUAGUGUCUGUCUCUGUGUACCCUCUAGGAUCAAAAUAGAGGGGAAAUUACUAAAGGCAAUCUGGGGGCAAUUGCAAAGUGG